CUUCUUCCCACGCGCGCCGAGCCCCGGUGGAUCCUGGGAAGUACAGCUGUGUGGGGCCCGCGGCCUUCUCCAGGGGCCGGGUCGCUGCAGCGGGGACCCUGGAUGCAACGCCGAGAAUUCGGAGCUCUCCCGGUUCACCGUCCAGGUCUCCUCGCUGCGCGCGGGAGCCAUGUCGCAGGGCUCGGUAACUUUCAGAGAUGUGGCCGUAGACUUCUCCCAGGAGGAGUGGGAGUGGCUUCAGCCAGCUCAGAGGGACCUGUACCGACAUGUGAUGCUGGAGAACUAUGACCACCUGGUCUCACUGGGUCUUACCAUUUCUAAGCCAGAUGUGGUCUCCUUGUUGGAGCAAAGAAAAGAGCCCUGGCUGCAGAGAGGAGAUGGCAGAAGAGACCUGUUUUCAGUUUCGGAGUCAAAUGGUAAGAUCAGAGAGUUUUCUCUCCAAAAUAUCACACAUGAAGAUGACUCACCCCAGUAUUUGAUAAAGGAGAGAAUUCUGAUCCAAGGCCCUGAGCAUUCCAGUUGUAAAGGAGGCUGGAAAUGCGAGGGUGUUACUGAGAUGCUGCAGAGAAAUCAGGCAUGUGUCAGGCAGGUGAAAGUGUCUCAUCAGGAAGCCUUGUCUCAACAUAGCGUCAGCUCCGUGGAGCGGCCCUAUGGAUGCGGUGAAUGUGGGAAAACGUUCAGCCGGCGCUUUUCCCUCGUGUUACAUCAGAGAACUCACACGGGAGAGAAGCCCUACAUAUGUAAGGAAUGUGGCAAGACCUUCAGCCAGAUCUCGAACCUUGUGAAACAUCAGAUGACACAUACCGGAAAGAAACCCCAUGAGUGUAAGGACUGUAGUAAAACGUUCAGUUACCUUUCGUUUCUUAUUGAACAUCAGAGAACACACACCGGGGAGAAGCCCUACAAGUGUCCUGAAUGCGGAAAGGCCUUUAGCCGUGCCUCCAACCUCACCCGACAUCAGAGAAUCCACAUCGGGAAGAAACAGUAUGUGUGCAGGAGAUGUGGGAAAGCCUUCAGCAGUGGCUCCGAGCUCAUUCGCCACCAGAUCACACACACUGGGGAGAAGCCAUAUGAGUGCAUGGAAUGUGGGAAGGCCUUUCGCCGAUCUUCACACCUCACGCGCCAUCAGAGCACCCACACCACCAAAACCCCCUACGAAUGUGAUGAAUGUAGGAGAGCCUUCCGUUGCCACUCAUUUCUUAUGAAACAUCAGAGAAUUCACACUGGAGAGAAGCUGCAUGAGUGUGACGAGUGUGGUAAAGUUUUCAGAUGGCACGCAUCGCUUGUACAACACAGGAAAAUCCACAGUGGAGAAAAGCCCUACGCGUGCACUGAGUGUGACAGAGCCUUUAGUCGGAGCUUCUCCCUUAUCCUACACCAGAUAACUCACACUGGAGAGAAGCCCUACGUGUGUAAGGUGUGCAAUAAGUCCUUCAGCUGGAGCUCAAACCUUGCCAAGCAUCAGAGAACACACACUCUAGUGAGCCCCUAUGAGUAUGAAAACGUGUUUAAUCACCACCCAUUCCUUACGGAACACCAGGGGGUUCACACUGUAGAGAAAACUUGAGAAUGUACAGGUAACAACAGUAGCAGCUAAUGCCUUACUCUUACUUCAGAGCCUUAUGUAAAGGUGCUGAACUGUGAAGAAGUGUGACCCAUACUUGUUCAGCAUCCUGGAGAAAAACGCCGGGAAUAUGUGGGACAGCUAUUCAAGCCACUCCUUUUCUACGUGAUGCCAAAAUAUGAGGUCAGUUAUGUUGAGAAGACCAUUCACCUGGGAGGAUUCCUUACUCCAUGUGUAAAAUCUCCUGCCAGGACACGAAUGCACGCCCCAUACGUAUGAGAAAGCUGCUAAUUAGAGAUCAGCUCACCCUCUGCAUCUGUCAUCUCAAGUAAGACAGGACACAUGGGGAAGGAUGCCCUUUCCUGGACACAUAAAAUUCAGGAUGAAGCAAAGUCUUCAAACAGUGAUUUGGGAAUGCCUUCGUGUGCUAUGCAGUAUUUAUUGGAUUUUAGAAUACUCUUCUAAGGAGAAAAACCCUGUAAAUGAGCUGGAUAUAGGUUGACCUUCUGCACACUUUAAACCUAUAGAAUUAUACGUGGAAAACAGUACCGUUGUAAUGCGUGUGGGGAAAUCUUACAGUUCCCACAAGUCAUACUGGGGGAAUCAGUGUGGGUGUUACUUUUUAGCAGGGGAUAUUUGUUUUAGCCUUUAUUUUGAAAAGCAAAUUCAGAGAAGAAAGCUAUGAAUAAAUCUUUUGACUGAGAGUAAAUUAAUAUGCACUUGAGUUUUUCCCACAGUGUACGUGAUUCUGAAACUGCAGCUACCAGUGUCGACGUCAGUGCAGAGCUCUGUGCUUUUGUGGAAACACAGACGUAACAAGGGAAACCGUAGGUGUCCCAGGUGUUAGCUUUCAGACCUUCCAUUUAAGGUUAUGCUCACAUUUACCCUUGAAUCUGCCUGGACAUGGCUUCCUGUCUGAAAUAAGUGUGAAUAAGGUCGACCACAGGAGAAUAUUUCUUUUGUAAGCACAUAUUUGUCAAAGUCAAUCAGAUGUUUACUUUUCAUGGACACCUGCCCACUUUCUAAUGUUCCAAUUAAAGGUUUACAUUAUCUUG